UCCACGACAGAGAUGAAAUCACCUAUAAGCCCCUCAAUGGUUACAAAAUGUUAAAAAAGGCAAGCUAAUCGUUGUUCUCUUAUUGAGCAAAAAGUAGAGCAAACAUGGGCAGUUCUUGCUCUCUGUUUCUGUUUUUCACUCUUUUCACAACCUUGCAGAGUCCAAUUCUGGCUGCAAAAAAGUCUUAUGUGGUUUACCUUGGGAGACACUCUUAUGCUUCUGAACCUUCCACCACUGACCUGGAUAGGGUAACCGAUGCCCAUCAUGAACUUUUGGGUUCUUGUAUGAAGAGCAAGGAGAAGGCGAAACAAGCCAUCUUUUACUCCUACACUCGUUAUAUCAACGGUUUCGCAGCAGUACUUGACGAUGAAGAAGCAGCUGAAAUUUCAAAGCAUCCAGAAGUUGUAUCAGUUUCUCGAAACCAAAUAAGUCAACUACACACAACAAAUUCAUGGGGCUUUCUUGGACUGGAAAGAAAUGGAGAAAUUCCACCUGAUUCUAUGUGGCUAAAGGCAAGAUUUGGUGAAGACGUAAUUAUCGGGACCCUUGAUACUGGUGUUUGGCCGGAAUCCGAAAGCUUCAAUGAUGAAGGGAUGGGGCCUGUUCCAUCUAAAUGGAAGGGAUACUGUGAUCCAAUUGAUGGGAUUAAAUGCAACAGCAGGAAACUUAUAGGAGCAAGGUACUUUAGCAAAGGCUACGAAGCAGCAGAAACACAUGAUUCUUCAUACCACACCGCGCGAGAUUAUGAUGGCCAUGGAACCCACACUCUAUCCACUGCAGGAGGUCGUUUUGUUUCGGGGGCAAACUUACUUGGUUCAGGUUAUGGAACAGCGAAGGGAGGUUCGCCCAACUCGCGAGUUGCUUCAUACAAGGUCUGCUGGUCCGGCUGCAACGAUGCUGAUGUGUUGGCUGGCUAUGAAGCUGCUAUUCAUGAUGGGGUCGAUAUCCUCUCAGUGUCACUUGGAUCCGGUCCGGGAGAAUACAUUACUGAUGGGAAUUUAAUUGGAGCAUUUCUUGCCAUGGAGAACGGGAUUCUUGUAGUUGCCGCCGCCGGAAAUGAAGGACCUGACCCUGGAAUGGUUGGGAAUGUAGCUCCCUGGAUUCUUACAGUUGCUUGUAGCACUAUCAGUAGGGAGUUCACAUCUAAUGUCAUCCUUGGAAACAACAAACAAUACAAGGGUGUGAGUUUUAAUACCAACACUCAACCAGCUGGGAAGUUUUACCCCUUGAUCAAUUCGGUGGAUGCUAAAGCUGCCAAUGUUUCCAGUAAUCAAGCAAAAUAUUGCUCUAUCGGAUCCCUUGACCCCUUGAAAGUUGAAGGAAAAAUUGUAUACUGUACUCGCAACGAAGAUCCUGAUUUAGAAAAGAGUCUGGUUGUUGCUCAAGCUGGUGGUGUUGGGGGGAUACUUGCUAAUCAAUUGAUAAUUCAACAACCCCGCCCUCGGGCACACUUUGUUCCUACUUCCGUUGUCUCUGCAGGCGAUGGACUUUCCAUUUUAACUUAUGUCUAUAGUACAAAGUCACCUGUAGCUUACAUAAGUGGCGCCACGGAGGUGGGAACAGUGGCUGCGCCUGUCAUGGCUGAUUUUUCAUCUCCUGGGCCUAACUUCAUCAACCCAGAGAUCCUUAAGCCCGACAUCACUGCACCUGGAGUCAAUAUUCUAGCUGCCUUCACAGGAGCAUCAGGGCCAGCUGCUGUGGGAGGAGACCGGCGCCGAGUACAUUUCAACAUUAGAUCUGGAACCUCAAUGGCAUGCCCCCAUGUUUCCGGAAUCGCUGGUCUUCUCAAGACUAUUCACCCUGAUUGGAGUCCUGCUGCAAUUAAAUCUGCAAUCAUGACAACAGCGACAACGAUCAGUAAUGUGAAGCGGCCUAUUGCAAAUGCUUCUCUUCUUGAGGCAAACCCAUUGAAUUAUGGUGCCGGGCACAUCUGGCCUAGCCUUGCAAUGGACCCAGGCCUGGUCUAUGACCUCACGACUAAAGAUUACGUGAAUUUUCUAUGCUCCAUUGGCUAUAAUUCAACCCAACUGUCACUUUUUAUUGGUAAGCCAUACAUAUGCCAGUCGCACAACAACGGUCUGCUGGAUUUCAACUAUCCUUCCAUUACUGUCCCGAAUCUCUCAAGCAAGACCACAUUGUCCCGAACCUUGAAGAACGUGGGGACUCCAAGCUUGUAUAGAGUUAAUAUCAGGGCACCUGGAGGCAUAUCUGUGAAUGUUGAGCCAAGAAGCUUGAAGUUCGAUAAGAUAAACAAAGAGAAAAUGUUCAAGGUCGCUCUAGAGGUCAAGAAAGGUUUUAAGAGCAAUGACUAUGUGUUUGGAGAGAUAACUUGGUCUGAUGAGAAUCACCAUGUAAGGAGUCCUGUUGUGGUGAAGAAGAUGGCAGUAGCAGCCUAAGAUUGAAGGACAAUGACCAGGCGUAUGGAUUUGGAGGUGGAGGGCCAGCGUGUAGAGAUCUAUAUAUCUCCAUGGUCACCAAAUCGAUCUUCAAAUUCCCGUUCCAUGUCAUGACAAGUAACGAAUGUAACAAGCAUGUGUCAACUUUUUUCUUGGCACUAAUCGAGUAAUUGAACUUGCAAGAAAAUAAAAAUAUAAAUAAAUGGUUUGGUAUAUGAAUAAUUUGUAAUGGUUUUUCGUUUCUAUC